UGCUUAAAGACAAAAAGUCUUAGAUAAAAAGAGAAACGAUAACUCCUACCCUAAUAAAAAUGUUAGAUCAAUUGAACGAUUCCACGUCUUUUGACAAGCUGCUGAUUCAAUGGAUCUCGGAGGUUGAGACCCUUUCUCACAAAUCUGUGCACCGAGUCCUCCAAGAGGAGUUGAGUGUUUUGGAUUCCGCUGAAGAAAACUUUGAAGAACUCCAGUUUCGCAAAGAUCCACUAAAGAAGGCUCUCGAUGCCCUGCAGUCGAGGCCCGACCCACCAGAUCUACGCCAGGGGGCUAUAUCUUUAACCACCACGAUAGAUCUCGGUAUUCUGUAUUCUUUGUUGGAUACGAAUUGCACUCUAAUUACUAUAUUUGGUACCCAGCGAGCCAUUUUCCACGGCAUCGAGGACGUAAUUGAGGAGCUUUGUAACCAACAAGAGUCUAUUUUAGGGCUGCAGGUUGAUACUUCCACGUGUAAUGAAGCUUCUACCCUUGUGCAAGGGAUUUCGCCAGUGCAGGCGUGGGUGCAUCAACCCAAACCAGGGAUGGGAGUUCGCGGCUGCCGCUGGCAGGUUGGAACUUUGGUGACAUAUUUUCAAGAUCGCGAUCGAACUUAUCCGUUGUUUUCAUUCCAAACCUUAGUUUCUUUUACUCCCGACGGGCGCCAUGCCGAUGAUAUAGAGCGUAUUUUAUUGCUAGAGGAUACGUGUAUUGAUAUCGUACAGCCUUGUGUUCAUUUUGCAUCUUUCUUAGCAAAGAAAAGUACGGCUUAGCAAGAUUGAGAUGUACCUAUUAACAUCUUUUGUAUACUAUUGAAUUUAAUUUUCUGCGUUUCUGUAGUGUAUUGAUAGACAAAAUAAAAAAUUCCUUGAUAAAAAAAAA